CCCCCCCCCCAAAUCUCUCAAUCAUCAUCCAUCAUCAUCAUCAUCAUCACUCCGGACCAAGCCCGGUUCCUCCUUCCCUCCUCCCCCUCCUUCCUCCCUUCAUGGCACGGACUGGGCAGUAUUGAGCUGAUUAUGUCUCAUUCGAUCAGCUCCCUCAAUUGCAUGCAGCCCACUCUCCGUGCAUCUAUCUCCCCCGCGUGUCUGAAAUAGCUAUUCUUAAAAUCCAAAGACAAUCGUCGUCCCUUCUACCUGCCUUUCCACUGUUACUGUCCCUUUCCUCCCUUUGUUACCAGGCUUUCGAAACAAGCCCAACUCCAACCCCUCGGAUCCGGGGUAAAUCCAAUUAGAACAAACAGAAUUACAAUCAUGCAAGCAUUUCUGGUCAUUUUUAGAUUUCUCUGUCUGCUCCUAACCCUGUUUGAGACCAAUGCGCUGGCGUUGCGGUCGCAGGACGUCCUUGCGCCAGUCGCCCUGGACGCACAGAUUCCGCUUGAGGAAAUAAAUGCAUCACCGUCAGAGCAGCUCCCCCUGCCUGCCCCGGAUUCACCUCCCGAGUCCGCCGAGAGCAUCAGCCGCACGUUGCACGACUUGCUGGAUGCUCUCCAUGUGAUGCAAGAUGCCUACUUUGAACUAUGGCAAGGCACUUGGCCGUCGAGUAUCGAUUGGACUGCGGCCGUGCUGGGCACCCAUGUCUCUGCCACACUUGCCUCGCUGACUGCCACCACCGGCGACGUGCUGUCGACCGCUGUGUCCCUGGACGAUUUUGAAGACUGGAAGCACUCGACGAAGCGCGGUCGAUAUGAAUUGGGUUCGGAGAACCUGAUCAACCACUUCUUCGACCAGACUUCCGCGUUCUAUUUUGGCGAGAAUGCCAUCUCCCUGCGUGGUCAGGCCUUCGAUGAUAUGCUGUGGGUAGUCCUGGGUUGGCUGGAAAACAUAAAGUUUCAAGUCUUGCACUCUGAUCUGCACUAUGACGACCCUUUCUCGCCCAAUGCAACUGCGAAGCUACGCUGGCACGGAACCCAAUUUCGAUCCCCCGCGGCGCAUCGAGCACGUGUGUUCUACGGCCUCGCGUCCGGAGGGUGGGAUGAGUUGCUCUGUGGCGGUGGGAUGAUUUGGAGCCCUUACUUGACCCCCUACAAGAAUGCCAUCACGAACGAAUUAUAUAUCUCGGCGAGUAUCGGGAUGUACCUGUAUUUUCCAGGUGACAAGAUUCAAUCCCCCUUUGUGGCAGGAAUCGUUGAGGACGAGAACUGGUCAGAUGGCUAUCCGCAUAGCCCGGCCCACCUGCAAGCCGCCAUUGAGGGCUAUGCCUGGCUCAAUUCGUCUAACAUGACCGGGAGCAAUGGGCUCUAUGGUGACGGCUUCCACAUCAGUGGCUGGGAGAGCGAUGACCGGCCGGGCACCCGCAAGUGCGAUGUCCUCAACACAAUGGUAUAUACGUACAACCAGGGGGUUAUCCUUAGCGGGCUAAGGGGGCUCUGGUUGGCAACUGCUUUGCAGCAGUACCUGUAUGAUGGUCAUCAAUUAGUCCUGAAUGUGAUCAAGGCAACCGGAUGGCCCGAUAAGGACAGUCAACAGUGGCAAGGUCUUGGACGCGGCGGUGUUCUGGAGGAAGUGUGUGACUCUUCCGGAAGUUGCUCUCAGAACAGUCACACAUUCAAGGGGAUUUUCUUCCAUCAUCUGGCGGAGUUUUGUCGGCCCAUCCGGCCGCAGGAGGUACGAUUUCUGGCUAGUGCGAACCAGACAGAUGAGGAAGGAGAGGCCUGGCAGUAUGUGUACGAGUGGCACCAAGCUCGCUGUCGCGCAUAUCGGCCGUGGAUCGAGCAUAAUGCGAACGCGGCUCUUGUGACCCGGAACAGCGAGGGCAAGUUUGGCAUGUGGUGGGGAAACCAGUCCCGCACAUCUGGGAGCACUAUCACCGAUGAAAGCCCUCUGCCGCUGGGAGCGAUUGACUAUGAGAACUAUGGAGCACGGGCUGAGGGGUCCGAAGGGCUGAGGGGACUUCUGCGCAGUCGUGACUCGCGGAGACUCGCCGAUGAGAGGUCCGGCUUUGGAAUCGGAACGCAGCCGUUCGGUUGGGAGCUCGCAUCCGGGUGGUCACGCUCCCCAGAGGAACAGCCAGACGUAACCGAGCAGGGCAAGCACGAUGCCAAUGAUCGGGGCCGAGGGCGUACUGUUGAGACGCAGUCAGGGGGCAUCGCAGUGUUGCGGGCUCUAUACCAAUGGAAGAGCUCACCGUCUCUAGCAUGAUUGGGUGAGGUUGCUUAGAGUACUAGCAUUUUGUAUAGUUUAGCGGUUAUGAGUAUAAUG